UCAGUCCAUGUUUAAUAUUCGACGCGGCUUGCGGCUACAUUUAUAGCCAGUUAGAUAACGUUAGCAUUAAGCUCGCGACAGUUGACUGAAAGUAGGAAAUACGCGAAGUGGACAUGGACCCCAAAAAACUACAACUGUUCCUGACUCUUAUAGUCUAGCGCGAUAAUAAAUCCCAGUCAAGUCCCAGUACUACCAGUGACCACAGCGUAUUAAACACCAGUAUACACUUCACCCGAUCAGAAUACAGCAGGAUGUCAGACGGAUUCGUGAGUUGAAGGAUUUUCUCAAUUCAAAACAACAACAACAACAACAACAACAACAACAACAACAACAUCUGGCACGCGUGCCCACUUCUUCCUGUACGUGUUAUGACCUGGCACACGAUCCCUCCUCACUCAUUUAUUGUCAUAGUAAAUAAAACUGAUUGAUCGAUGUGGUUCACAUAGAUGUGUGUGCACCAAAACAGAAGUCUGUCCAAACUUAAGCUUUUUAAAGGAAAGCCAGAAGUGCAACAUCAGCAUCAGCAUCAGCAUGUCAGGGGACAGUAGUGGCAGUAGUGGUGAGGACUCGGACAGAGAGACUUGGAAGAAUGUCUGCACUGUUAAACAUGAGAUCACUAAUGCGAAUCUCACAGGACACACUGAGAAAGUUGGCAUGGAGAACUUUGAACUACUCAAAGUACUUGGCACCGGAGCCUACGGAAAAGUGUUUUUGGUCCGAAAGAUCAGCGGGCAUGAUGAAGGCAAGCUUUACGCCAUGAAGGUUUUGAAAAAGGCAGCCAUUGUUCAGAAGGCCAAGACGGCAGAACACACACGGACAGAGAGGCAGGUUCUGGAACACAUUCGCCAGUCUCCCUUUCUAGUCACCCUGCACUACGCCUUUCAAACCCAGACCAAACUCCAUCUAAUACUGGAUUACGUUAGCGGAGGCGAGAUGUUUACUCACCUGUAUCAGCGGGAUCACUUCUCUGAGGACGAGGUAAAGAUCUACAUCGGAGAGAUUGUGCUCGCCCUGGAGCAUCUGCACAAGCUUGGCAUCGUGUACCGGGACAUUAAACUGGAGAACAUACUCCUGGACAGUGAUGGCCACGUGGUACUCACCGAUUUUGGCUUGAGUAAGGAGUUUUUGGAGGAGGAGAAAGAAAGGACGUACUCCUUCUGUGGAACCAUCGAAUACAUGGCACCGGAAAUCAUCAGAGGGAAGGCUGGUCAUGGCAAGUCAGUAGAUUGGUGGAGUUUAGGGAUUCUCAUGUUCGAGCUGUUGACGGGUGCGUCUCCUUUCACGUUGGAGGGCGAGAGGAACUCCCAGAGUGAGGUGUCCAAGCGCAUCUUGCGCUGUGAGCCUCCAUUUCCCCCGAUAAUUGGCUCGGUGGCUCAGGACCUUAUCAGGAAGCUUCUGGUGAAAGACCCACAUAAGAGACUGGGUUCGGGGCCCAGAGGAGCCGAGGAGAUCAAAGGUCACCCCUUCUUUAAGGGUUUUAAUUGGGUCGAUCUGGCAGCGAAGAAAGUAGCCAGCCCGUUCAAGCCGGAGCUGCGUAACGAGCUGGAUGUUGGAAAUUUUGCUGAGGAGUUUACAGGCAUGGACCCGGUAUACUCCCCUGCUAGUACACCUCCCAGCACAGACCGUCUGUUUCAGGGCUACUCAUUUGUGGCUCCUUCCAUCUUGUUUAAUAAGAACGCCGUGAUGGGAGAUUUCCUAGACGCCCCAGUAAGCGUGGACAGACCCGGCUCUGCGACCGUUCGCCGUAGCGCCAUGUUAAAGGAGUCCCAAUUCUUCCAGCAUUAUGAACUCUGCCUGCAGGGGCCGCCCCUGGGCGAGGGCAGUUUCUCCGUCUGCAGGAAGUGCAGGCACAAGCAGAGCGGCCAGGAGUAUGCCGUUAAGAUCGUCAGUCGCAGGAUGGAGGCCAUGACUCAACGUGAAAUUGCUGCACUAAGGCAAUGUCAGUCUCAGCCAAAUAUUGUUACCCUUCAUGAAGUCCACACCGAUCAGUACCACACAUAUCUGGUGAUGGAACUGUUGCGUGGGGGUGAGCUGCUGGAGCGACUGAAGAAGAAAAAGCUGUUUGCUGAGGGGGAGGCCAGCCAGCUGAUGAAAAGCCUGGUAUCAGCCGUCAGCUUCAUGCAUGAGGCCGGGGUCGUGCACCGUGAUCUCAAACCAGAGAAUAUACUUUUUGCAGAUGAGGCAGAGGAUUCGUUGCUGAAAGUCAUCGAUUUCGGCUUCGCUCGCCUGUUCCCAGCGGGCAGCGCGCCUCUGCAGACGCCAUGCUUUACGCUGCAGUACGCCGCACCUGAGCUCUUUCACAAGUCUGGGUACGACCAGGCCUGUGACCUCUGGAGCCUGGGAGUCAUCCUGUAUACAAUGCUGUCCGGACAAGUUCCCUUCCAGACCGAGAAGAAAGGAAUGACCUCAUCCCACGCUGCGGACAUCAUGCACAAGAUUAAAGAGGGAGACUUCUCGUUGGAUGGGGAUGCUUGGAAAGGCGUGUCCGUGGAGGCCAAGGAUCUUGUGAGAGGUCUGUUAACAGUGGACCCAGCGCGCAGACUGAAACUCUCCCAACUGAAAGAGAACGCAUGGCUGCAGGGCGGAGGCGUGUCCUCUACUCCUCUGUGCACCCCUGACGUCCUGGAGUCCAGCGGCCCCACCGUCCGCACCUACGUCAAUGCAACCUACAAGGCUUUUAACAGGGGGAAGCGUGAAGGCUUCUUCCUCAAGAGUGUGGACAACGCGCCGCUGGCCAAACGCCGCAAGCUGAAAAUGACCAGCACAGGAGUGGAGACGCGGCGCAGCUCCUCGUCGUCGUCGUCGUCGUCCUCCUCCUCGGCUUCCAUCGCGAAGACGCAGAACCCCGACGACGACCCAAAACUGUGACGCCCGGCUAGAUCGACCUGGAGGAGAGGCCACUGAAGAACAGCAUUAAGUUUUGUAACGACAGGUGUGAGGCUUUAGGGAUUUUCGCUCACGAUGGGCAAAGCAGACCGAACAAAACGAACAUAUUCAUUUCAUAUGACAGCUCAUAUAAGAAUCUUUAAUAAUGGGCCAUUAUUGGUGACGUGAGUGAGCUGCCAUUUCUGGAUUUUUAAAUUUGAUUAAGGGUUAAAAAAACACGUUCUUUAGUUCCACUGCAAAGCGGGUGCAGUGAGUGGUCUUUAACACCACAGUUUCUGAAGAAAUCAUGACAGCUUGAGCUUUUUUGAUCGAAUGUAUGUAAAUGUGGCAUUUAAGCAGGUUGAGACAAGUGAUUUCACGAAGCAGAAAGAGAAAUAAAUUUAGCCAUGCCAGGUACCUGAGCAAAAGUCGUGUAGGAUAGAAGGGAACCUUUGUGUACAGUCCCACAUUUGCAUAUCAGAGAUUUAUGUCAUUUAUAGUCUGUAUAAAUUUAGACAAACAGCUGGGGUGUGACGAUAUACAUAAUAUUUUUAUUUUUUUAUUUUUAAUGUACUGCAAAAAUCUCAUACUGUGGCGUUUACGCCUUUCGGUUGAUGCGUGGCAACAUCGCUUCGUUCCGGCUGUGCCACUGGGUUCACACAGAUCAAUAUCGAGUAUGGAAAGUCAUGCACUGAUGUGUUAUUCCACAUUCUGUGCAUAGCCAAUCGUGUCUGUGUUGGCGCCAGGUCAGCCGGUUCAUAACAGAACUGAGAAUAAGACUUUAAGUUCAGCGGCAAGCUGUAAAAACUGUGCAUCGAAGCAGUGAAUCUGCAUGGUGCUUCAUAAUGGGGAUAUUUUGUUGUUUUUUGAAUCCCCCAAUUUUUUCUCCCCCCCUAAUCUAGUCGUGUCCAGUUACCCUGAUUGCGUCCUCUAUACUGAUUCGACCCUUCACCGCUGACUGAGGACGCCUCUCAACCGACAUACGCCCCCCUCCGGCACGUACAGUCAGUACAGACUGCAUUUUUCACCUGCAUGGGUCGAGUUCAUACACUGACGGGCACUGUGUACGGAGAGCCACGCCCCCAUCUGCAUCAUUCCUCAGCCCUGUGCAGGCGCCAUCGGUCAGCCAGCAGGGGCCGCAGUCGCACCAGUUAUGAGGACCCAUGAUCCGACUUUUUACCCUCUAACCCUGAACAACAGCCGAUCGUUGUUCAUGCCGCCCAGCCCAGUUGUAUACGUGCCAGCGUAUCUUUUUACCGCUGCGCCACCUGAGCGGCAUGUUUUGUUGUUUUUUAAAUAACUUACGAUUCGUGGCAUUACUUUCUGCUAAAGUUUUAAAGUAGCUGAACUUAGAUUAGCAUUCGUUCCAGCAUUUACUGCCCUAUAUGGUAACACUUUAUAUGUAGUGAUUAUGAAGUAAUUUGGGAUUCGGCGUAUGUGUUUCAAAAAUAUUCCUGCAUGCAGCGAGUGGAAUUAUGUGCAGUUUUGUCCUUGUUAUGGAUAUUUGACCAAAAAAAAAAAUCCAAAUGCAGCUUCUCUUAGUGCAAAAACUGAAAUAUAUCGUGUGUAUCGUUACACCCCCCUAAAAUUGUGAAUGUCAGUGUAUUAAAACGCUAAGGGGCAAUAUAUGCAUGCCAUGCACAGGCUGUUCUAAAUGGUUCAUUUUAAUCACAAGUCUGAAAGGCAACUUGAAGCUUUCACUAACUUCUCCGUAGUUCCAAACCUCAAAUUGUUUGAUUGGUGCUACUUUAUUUAGAGGCGGGAAUGAUUAGCGUCAGCCUGUGGCCGCACCAAGAGACCGUUGGUUUUUAGCUUACAGACUCUAUUUUAUUGAUAUGAACUUGUGUAGUUGUGCGUCGGUCGAUAAGCCUGUAGCAUUAAAAUGUCCUACGCAAAAA